AUGACGCUUCCCGUCUCCGCUGGAUACGUUGAAGCAAAGGCCCGUGUAAUCCGAGGUACCGACAGAAUCACUGUGUUCAUUACGGCGGCUGGUGAGUUUAAGGCUGAUUCAAAAAAUGUUGCAAAACGGGCAAAAAUUGAAAAGAUGCUUCAAGAACUCAACGAAAUCCGUUGGAAAGUUGAAGAGGACAUCCAGUACAUGGAAAACGCGGUUAGUCACGGGACAGCACCGGUUGAUGUCACAGAUACAUCCUGUAGCCGUACACUAUCUGCCACGUUCGAUAAUCUGUAUUAUGAACUUGCUGCCUUUGCAGAUGUACAGAAAAUCUCACUAUCACCUGUCCAGGAUCAAUCUCUCUCGGCAACCUUGAACAAAACCAUCGGAAAUGGAUCAACUAACGUCUCCCAUUACCAACUGCCAAAACGAACGUUCCCCAUCUUUUCUGGCAUCAUUACUGAGUGGCAAGGAUUCGACGACCUGUUCAACUCCAUUAUGUCACAUGCUCCGGACCUUCCUGACGUAGAAAGAUUUGAGUUUCUAAAAACGUCUCUUGAAGGUGAAGCGAAGACAGUCAUCGCUCAUCUCCCGUUAACGUCCGCAAAUUACCACAGUGCGUGGGAACUAUUGCGAGCUCGAUACGGAAAUAGAAGGGACUUGGCAAGAAUCCACAUACAAGCUCUUCUUGCCCCACGCAAGGUUCUAUCUACCGAUGCCUGUUCAAUCAAAUCACAGAUCAAUGCAAUCCGUGAACACACUGCCGCAUUGGACAAUCUGAGCCUCACGACUCGUCAGUGGAGCCCAUUGUUAGUUCAUAUAUUUGAGCAACAUCUUGACUAUGAACUUCGGGCUCGUUGGGAGCUGAUCCUUGGUGAUAGGCACCAACCGCAGUUGACGGAGUUUGUUGAAUUUCUGCAUAGUCACGUGCGGGCAGCCGAAGCACGAGCGGGACACUACUCUACGGCCAGUCCAGGGACAGCUGACUCAGUAAGAAUCAAAUCAAAACCAACGCCGUCAAGAGGUCCUCGUUCAACAGUGUCAUCCAAAGUUCUUGUGGCAGCCACCAAAUCAACGUCGAGCACAACCAUCAGUUGCCCACUAUGUAAUCAAACACAUUCAAUUCGACAGUGCGCACUCUUCGAAAGUCAGAAACCAAGUGAACGAUUCCAAACGGCGAAGAAGCUUCAGUUGUGCAUCAACUGUUUGGGAUCUGGACAUACGCCGACAGCAUGUCCAUCAAGGCAUACAUGUCAAGCAUGUAAAAAGCAGCAUCAUACGCUUCUGCACUUCCAAGAGGAUGCAACCACGGGUGACAGUGUUCCGUCAGCCACUACGAUGUUCACUGCCACUCAAAGAUCCCAGCCGAUCCUAUUGUCAACAUUACUCAUCAGUGUCGCAUCAGUCGACCACCAGAAACAGACUCUGCGAGCCCUUUUGGACACGGGAUCUCAGGUCAGUUUUAUUACAAAGCAGUGUGCAGAUCGUCUCGCUGUGACCCGCCGACGUUGCACCACAAAAAUCAGCGUGUUCUCAGGCACACCGGUUAACGUAGUGUCUGGCAUGACCACAAUCACAAUGUCACCAGUAAACCAAUCUGAACCAUCCAUUCCUCUCGAUGUUCUUAUUGUACCGAAGAUCACAGAUGUCACACCUCAAGAAACUAUUCAAGCAACGUCGUGGCCUCACAUAAACCAACUUGAUCUGGCAGAUCCAACCUUCCACACUCCCGGGCAAGUCGAUAUCCUGCUAGGCGCAGACGUCGCACCAGCUAUCUUCACCGGUGACCGCAUUGCUGGUCAUCGACAUCAUCCAACGGCCUUUGGCACUGUAUUUGGAUGGGUUUUGAUGGGACCGGCUGCAGCAAUGACACCCCAGACAACAAAAUUAUGUUACCACAAUAUUCAAACAAUGUUAUAA